AUGACGUCCAUGAGUGCAAUAACACAGACGUCCGACUUUACAAAUAAGGCAGCUCUUAUUCCGCUUGCGACCGAAAGACCAGCUUAUUACAGAAUGUCAGGUAUUGAAGAAACUUCAAAUGUUUCGUCAGAAUUUCAGGAGGAGAGGAGCGAGGAAGAGGUCGAAGAGGAGAUUGGCUAUGAAGACCCGUUCCGUUAUGUGUUUUACAGAGACAGGAAAGAAUGGGCUGAUUUAGAGCCUGUUCCUCAAGAUGAUGGUCCCAAUCCUGUUGUGAAGAUUGCCUACUCUGACAAGUUCACAGAUGUGUAUGACUAUUUCCGAGCGUUACUGAAGAAUGAUGAAAAAAGUGACCGGGCACUCUUGCUGACAGCUGAAGCCAUUGAGCUGAAUGCUGCAAAUUACACUGUAUGGCACUACCGGCGAGUGUUACUGCAGGCCCUGGAGAAGGACCUAAGAGAGGAGAUGAGGUACAUCACAACCAUCAUCGAGGAUCAGCCCAAAAACUACCAAGUCUGGCACCAUAGACGAAUGGUGGUGGAGUGGCUGAACGACCCCUCAGAGGAACUGGAGUUCAUUGCAGAGAUCUUAAGUCAGGACGCUAAGAACUACCAUGCCUGGCAGCAUAGACAGUGGGUCAUCAAGGAGUAUAAGCUCUGGGACAGUGAGCUGGAGUAUGUGGAGCAGUUAUUGGAGGAAGAUGUGAGGAACAACUCGGCAUGGAACCAGCGGCACUACAUCAUCUCCCACACGACAGGCUACUCAGACCCAGCCAUACUCAACAGAGAAGUGCAGUACAGUCUCAAACAGAUUAAGAAGGCUCCCCACAAUGAAAGUGUGUGGAACUAUUUAAAAGGGAUUCUACAGGACCUGGGCCUGUCAUCCCACCCAGGUCUCCUGGAGCAGAUUCUGGAGCUUAAGGAGACCCACUGCUCGCCCUACUUGUUGGGCUUCCUGGUGGACAUCUACGAGGACUUCCUGGAGAACACCUUGGAACACCACGAGGAAGUCCUCAGUAAGGCUCUGGAGCUCUGUGAGCUCCUGGCCCGUGAGAAGGACACCAUCCGGAGGGAGUACUGGAGCUACGUGGGCCGCUCCCUGCAGACUAAAUACGGCUCCAGUGACUCCUCUACCACCACCAGCGCCCCAGGAAUUGACCCAGGAUCAGCCUCAGGCUCCGUUCACCAGGAGACACCCUGCAGUAGCUGAGGGAAGACAUAGAACUCAAUGGGAGUCAAGGGAGCAACCGCUUUUAACCAGCCCAAGUUUGUUUGGCAAUAGCAUUACCACAUAAAAGGAGAUAUUUAACAAAAUAAAUACUUGUAACUUACUGUAAAAGAGGUAACUCACUCCAGAUAAGUGUUAUGAGAUUGGGUUGGAUCAUCCCUGGAUUUCCAAAUAUGGACAGCUGCUGUCAUUGUCAUGUAUUGAAGUUUAUAGCCAUAGUUGAGCUAGAUUGGAUGUUGAUUACGCAAGUGUGGUAACGAGUCAUUACUGUGAAAUUAGGCUCGUUUUGGAUUUGUUCUGCUACGCAGUACACAGGAACACUGUAGCUUAGAAGCCGUUAAGCCAUUAACAAAUCUCUGUGUAGAUUCAUAUUGAUGACGUUGCCAAAACACUGUAUAACCAGACUCGGCAUUGCUGUAGGCUACAGAGUCUUUUGUACGCUAGAACUAAUUAUGAUUAUUCUAAACUGGAUGUUUUGCCCUUGUCUUUUUUUUUCUCGAUUCCAACACACGUGCCUCAUUCUAACAUACCUACUUUUCAGUCUUUUUCGUCCACUCUACUUGGCAUAAUGGGCCUGUGUUUUGAGUUCAGCCAGUAAUCGUCUCAUCUGGAUUCGCUCCCACUAACGAGUGAGCUGAAUAAAACACAUCCACUCAUUGAACAACCAUUUCACCGUAUUAGCAGUUAGCCACUGAGCUAAAAUACAUUAACCAGGGAUUGUUUUUGGUCAUUUGGAAAUUACACAUCGGAAGCAUGACUCAAUCGCAACGUCUUCCCCAAAUGAAAUUGGCCCCGUGUUGCGAAACACAAUUAUUAUUUUUUUUAACUUUGCUUCGACUAAUUUAUAGCUGAUAGAUUUGGAGGGGGAAAACCGUAUCAUCUUAAAUCACUGGGCUAAAAGAGUCAAAUCACAAUUAAAUGGAACAGCAUGAGGUUAGCUUCCAGGCUUUCUUGUUAAUUGAUUCUGGAGCCAUUGCAUCCAUCUCUGCAGCUCCAGAGGCCAUAAAAGGACCGUUGGAUCAAGUCAUUGGAUAGCUGAGAGUGGGAGUACCCUUCAUGGGACUGUUUCACUGGGCCAGCUAUGGAAAGUCCAGUCAUCACAAGAUAUGAAGGGUUGACCUUUUUGAAAUGGAUAACUGUAUAUGGUUCCAUAACAAUGUAUGGCUUUUACACUGCUGUAAGUGCAACGUGUAUUUCAAUGCAGACAUUUUUCAACAGACAAAUAAAUAAAAAACGUAUUCAGUCAG